AUGGCGGGGACUGCGCCCAGCCCAAGAGGCGAGACGGGGCGAGCGCCGGCGAUGAAAGCGCCGCGGGCCCUCGCCCCCCGGCCUUGGGAGCGCUUCGGGCGCCCUCAGAAGGAGCCGCAGCCGCUGCUGUCUUUGCCGCUCGGUCGCCGACGACGGGCAGCGCUCCGGUCCCGCCACGCUCGUGACAUAUUUUCAUGCUGUCACACAGGAGCAUUUCCUGCAUCUCCCCCAGGUUAUGAUUUCGGGCUAGCAGAUGUUGAUUGCUAUAUAGUGGGCUACAGCAGCGGGGAAGAGUCGGAGUCCGAGGAGUUCUUCUUUACCGCCCGCACCUCUUUCUUCAGAAGUCCCCUCGGCCACGCCAAGCCAAGCCUGCAAGAUGUUCAGAAGGAGAGAGAAACUCAAAAUUACCUCACCAAGGAAGCAAUCAAGGAAAAAGUCCAAAUAUACAAUUCAGAUGUUACUGACAAGCUAAAGAUGACUUUGAACUCAAGCGGAGUAUACACUGGCUUCAUCAAAGUUCAGAUGGAACUUUGCAGACCUAUCACUCUACGGGCUUCUGUGAAUGUAGGGAAGCAUCUCAACAGCAAUGAGACAGCUUUUUAUUUGCCUAAUGGUUAUAUGAACACUCUUCAUAUCAGCAGUACUAACACAGUCCGUGAAGUUAUUGAGGCCUUGCUCAAAAAGUUUCUAGUGGCUGAUAAUCCUGCCAAGUUUGCACUUUAUAAACAAUGUCACAAGGAAGAUCAAGUUUAUAUGUGCAAACUCUCAGAAACAGAACAUCCUCUCUAUUUGCGGUUGGUGGCUGGCCCAAGAACAGAUAUGCUUAGCUUUGUUUUACGUGAGCAUGAAACUGGAGAAGUUUUGUGGGAAGCCUUUAGUCUUCCUGAACUACAGAACUUCUUGCGUAUUCUGGACAAAGAAGAAGACGAGCAACUACAAACCUUAAAAAGACGCUAUGCAGUAUACAGAGAAAAACUUGAAGAAGCUCUUGGUGAAGUUUGGAUUCCAAGUUAAAAAGGGGCCAAAGAAUACUCAGGGAAAACAGUGUGUUACUUAAUUUUAAGUAACAUGCUAGAUUCAGUACCCAAAGCAAGAUGACUUUAACGAAGACUAAUUUGUUACCAUAAAGGCAGUUCUGUAGAUUGAUACACUUCAUUUUGCAUGUAGGAGCAAAAAGAAAUUGCAAUAUUUGCAGGCUUCUCUUAUGUGCCGCAUCUUGUUUUUCCCCCCCUAGUAUCAGAGAAGUCUGUUUUCGAAGGCAAUAUGAAAUGAAGCUUGUCUCCUUUAAUGUUAAAACAAAGGGGGUGCAAAUUUUAAUAUGCUACUCAAACUCAGUUUUGAAUAAGAAGUAAUAUACUGUUUGAUAGCAGAACUGAUUUGCACUGCCUGUUUUCAAAUAUUUCUUUGUAAUUUCGCAAAUUAAAUUAUUUUUAUGCAAGGAAGAGAAAUGUGCUCCAGUGCUGGGUUAAAGAUGUUCAAGCAAAUGGAACUAUAGAAGGUAGAAUGGAAGUUGGAAUGAAGGUAAGAGAUGGAGAAAAGAAAUGAAUGUUGAAAUAAAACUAAAGAGAUUGUUUUGCAAGUUGGUUAAUGUAAUGAAAAAGAAAGUUGAGGGAUUUUGCAGUUUAUUACUGAAAUUAAUAUAUUCAGUGCUAUUAUUGAAAGAGGGUUUAUUAAAUAUAAUAGAAAAUAAGCUGCAUGUGUUUGAUGUGCAGCACAUGGUCACAAAACUAUAUGGGAUAUGCUUAAAUAUUGUUGAGAUUUUUAUAAAUUUAAAAUCAACAUUAAAGAGUUAAUUUGGAAUUCUUAUAAUUUAUUGAAUGUCCAAAUGUCCAUUUGAAUUUUUUUUGAAUAUACAUUUUUAUCUCAUAAAAAGAGAUAAAAUUUAUCUUCAUGGUAUUAUUUUAAAUAUGAAACAAAUUUCUUCCAUUUGAAGUAGAGUAGUAUUUUUACAUAUACUCAUUGCACUGUGAUCAACGUGAGCAAAACUGGUUUUAGUUUCUGUUCUGAAAAGUCAACUAAAUGUUGACUAGGGUUCUAAGUGCAAGAGAGGGGGGAAAUUGUGCAUUUGAUUAGCAGUAUUUUUUCCAAAAAUAGUUUAAGGUAAGUAUAGUAAACAAAACCAAAGAAAUGGGUGUGCAAUAAAAACAUUGACAUUAAAAAAGGUUAUUUUAGGUUGUGUAUUUGCAGCCAUCAACCAGAAUAUAUUGGCUUGAUAUAAAUAGUUUAAAAGAAUCAUGUUGGCCAACCUUUUUUUAAAAUCCUAAUUAUUUGGACACUUAUUUGAGAGUUCUGAGGAAUAUCUUUAGUCAUGGUGACAUCUGGUGGAUAUUGCAGGCAACCCCAAUACAUUAUUAAACAGUACCUUCAUGUUAAUCUUUGGCUGCUUUUCUUCUCAAAAUAAGAGGUUCUAACUUUGAAACUUGCAGAACCAAUCUUUAUUACAAUAGACUAUUAACGAAUGCUACUUUAAAAUUAAUGGUUAACAAAUAAUGACAUACCUUGCUUUGUUUUCUGUUCACACUUAAUUGUAGUACUUUGUAUUUGUCUUAUUUCAUUGGAGACAUAAUCAAAGUUCAUAGAAUAGUGGUGCUUGACUUCAAUUAUAAUUUUUUUCCCCCUGAAGAUACUAAGUCAGGUCAGUGGAUCAAUUUGGAUAUUAUUGAUCUCCUAAUGGAAACAGUAACAUCUUAAUGCUGUUUUACUGUAUGUUUCAUCUUAUUGUGUGCACAAUAUGCAUCCUGGGUUCCACUGUAGUUUAAUAGUUUCUACCUGGUUAAUAUAAUUUGCAAACAAAUGACCAAUAUGCAAACGUUGCUUCUGCAUAAAGCAUCCCUAAAGAAAAGGGCAUUUUCACUAGAGCACAGUAGAAAAGUUCGAAGUUAAAGUAAGGAGGAGUGCAGGGGCGAUUGUUUCAAUUCCCCAUUCAGUGUUUUGUACUUGCCACUGAAUAAAACUUGCCACAUGUUCAAGAUAUAAUUUCUUUUCCCUCCUUUUCUGGGCAGGAAAUAUAGCUUCCUUGUUUGUUCUUUUAAGCAUAAAUCCAGAGCCACAUCAGAAUAAGGUAAGGGCAGUAUUUCCUACCCGUGUCCUCUUUGGUCUGAAUAGAUGCUAUUAGAACGAACAUAGGAAGAAAGCAAUCUUGCUUGUCUAAAAGGUAACAAACUAUAAAAAUAGUAUUACCCAUUGUUAGAACUUUAGAAAAGUGAAGAUCACGAUGGUAAAGGAAGUCAGAGCUUGCUUUUCUGUGCAUUUGGAUAUACAUCCUUGCCAAAACAGACAACAUGAUUUAAGAAUGGUAAUUUGGGAGGGGGAGUAUUUUUUCCCAAUUUGACUCUUUUUCCUCAACCUGCUUACUGGAGCAGUUAAACUGUAAACCAGUGGUAAGAGUCAUUUAACUGUAAUAUGGUAAAACAUUUAAUGUUUGGAUUUUUAAACAUAUGUUGCUAAGUUUGAAAUACUAUUUUUGAAUAUUGAAUGGCAAUGUACAAAUAUGUGAAUUAUAAUUUUAACUUGAACUUUGUGCUUUCUUACUCUUUUUCGAUUUGUUUUAUGCACUACAGGUUUGAGUAAGAAAAAACGUUUGUAUUAAUCCAGACAUUAUUUUACUUGGGUUACUGCAAUUAUUUUUAAUUAUAAAGAGACUCAACGUUUGAUUAUUUUUUAAUGUAGGAUUCAAUUUUUAUUUUAGUGUAACAUUCUUCAAAGAUGUUACAGAUGUUAUGUUUUGCUUAUUUGAUAAUGAAGACUAGGUUGGAGGGGAAGAUGGAAAACACUAAAUUGUUCUUUUUUGAGAAACUGUAUUAUUUAUUAUUUUGAAGUUUUUUAUAGGGAAACUUAAUUCCCUUUGAUGUAACCAAAAUACUGUAGCAAGUUUUCCAUAAUUAAAGCUGGAGUUGGCACUG